GUAAUGUCACACUACCAAAGAGAACAUUCACUUCAAAUCAUUACGCACAAAGGUCGAGGCAAAAUCGAAUAACAAGUGUAAUUAAAAUUGAUUUUUUUCGUAUUUUUUCAAUGAUAUGACGUCAAUGUAGUGUCUCUGUGUUAUUAUAAGUGUAAUUCAUCAUGAGCUACGACAUCGGUUGGAUUAUCCCUCGGCUGCGAAACCCGGGGCGGCUGUGGUAUUGUGCGAGCUCGCUCACAGUCGCCGUCGUGGGACUUUUUAGCAAAAUUAUAAUAGAAUUCUUAAAUAAAACGACAGUGUACAACAAAGAGACGCUCCGCCGAGCGGUGCUCCGGCCCCCUGGAGUGCCGCUCCUCACCAUCUCCAACCACCACUCGUGCUUCGACGACCCGGGACUCUGGGGCGUCUUAGACUAUGUAGUUCUACUCCGCGAAUCCCGGAUGCGCUGGUCGCUCGCUGCCCACGACAUAUGCUUCACGAACACGCUACAUUCGUGCUUCUUCGCCCUGGGCAAAUGCGUGCCCGUGGUCCGCGGCGCGGGGGUCUACCAGCCCGCGAUGGACUUCUGCGUCGAGAGGCUAUCCAAAGGCGAAUGGGUCCACAUCUUUCCCGAGGGACGGGUCAAUGUGGAGAAACAGCCCUUGAGGUUUAAGUGGGGCGUUGGAAGGUUGAUCGCUGAGAGCCCCAAGGCUCCGCUGAUCGUACCGGUUUGGCACGAGGGCCUGGACCGGGUGCUUCCCAACACGGAGCCGUACUUAUUAAAAUUCAGGAAGAGAGUGUUCCUAUGUGUUGGUGAACCUAUACAGAUGCAGCACUUACUUGAUACGUUAAGAAAAUCGAAUGCAACCGACGAGGAGACAAGGAAAGCGAUAACUGAUCGCAUCCAAGAUGAGCUCCUGAGGCUUAGGGAUCGGUCCCACGCGCUCAUCCGGAGGGCGCUGGGGUCGCACGCCGGCUCGCUACUGGACAACCGCACCGACGUGCAGAUGAAGCCGAGCACGGACCAACCUAACGGGAAACACAGUGAAGGUCUAGAGAAAGAAUAGGUACGAUACUAGGUACGUACCUGUUACCGUACUAGGUAUUUUAACCCACAUAUCAGGUUCGGAACGACUUAAAAGUUUUGUCUCUCAAGACUUGAGCCGAAUCAAAUUUUAAAUAGCAGGUUUUAUGGAAUGUGAAAUACAGAUUAGAUAUGAGGUGGUAGGUAAUCUUAAAAAUGGUGAAACGUCAUCUGUCCGCGCAUUUAGCGAACUGUCCUCGACAACUAAAGACGUUUGAAAAAAAAAAUUUGAUGCUUUAUAAUUUUGAUUUUAAUACAUUCUUCGAUCAAUACUUAUUAAAAGAUAUAAUUGUGUGAUAGUCAAUAUUUUGUUGAGUUUUUGUCACGUGUCAAAAUGUAGAAGUAGGUUAGGGGCUAAUUAUAUUAUAUUAUUUAUAAUUUAAUUUCCAAAGUUUUAUUUGGACGAAACUUACUAAGUAGUUCUUGUUAUGUAAUUCAAUCAUUGAAAUAUUCUUUUAUUAUAUUAUAUUGCCGUACUAGGUACCCAUAGAAGUUUCCUUUGAUCCUCUGCGAUCGAUAUCCAAACGAUCUUGAUACUUUACCCGAUUUUUCUAACUAAAAGUUACUUUUCAUAAAUAUCGGUUUUAAAACUACUAUGUCGUAAUAGUAAAAUACGUGUAUGUGUGUAUUGUGUCGUGUUGUGUAUAUUGUGUGUGUGUAUGUUUAAUGUUGUGUAUUGUUGUAAUUACACUGAAAUACCUCAGAUGAAAAUGUAAUAAUAAACCGGAGAUGCUAGUUAAUUUUAUAUAAGAACGGGAAUAGUGCUUAUCGUUUGGCGGCGGUAAGCAUGCCCUCAUACGUCAGAUCGCAGGUUCGAUGCCACGCUGAGGGUGUAUUACCUAAAAUUGUCAAGUGAAUGACACGCAUAAGUGUAGUCAUGAUGUGAACUGUUCUCUCGGUUAUCGGCUGUUUAACAUUACACAGCGCGUAAUGUUUUGAGGUCGGAACAGGAAAACCAUAAAGCAAAUAGAAAAUAACAUUAAUUAAUUCCCCGUAAUCCGUAGAGGCGUUUAAUUAUCCCAGUAAAUACAGUAAUAAAUCGUAACUCCUAUACGAAAAAGCCUUCGACUCCGUUGAAACUUGGGCUGUUCUGGAAUCCUGACAGCGAUGCCUAGUCGAUUAUCGGUACAUUGAGGUGUUGAAGGGUUUAUAUAAAGCCGCAAAAAUGACAGUCCAGAUCCAAAACCAGCAGACAAACCCGAUUGAGCUUCACUGAGGGGUGCGACAGGGUGACGUUAUGUCGCCGAAACUGUUCACUGCUGCUCUCGAGGAUGUCUUCAAGACUCUGGACUGGAGUAAGCUGGGCAUCAAUGUCAAUGGCGAGUAUCUCUCACACCUCCGAUUUGCAGACGAUAUCGUUAUAAUGGUAGAGUCGCUGGAGGAUCUCAGCUGUAUGCUGGGUGAGCUCAAUGCCGCGUCACUACGUGUUGGUCUGGGAAUGAAUCUGGACAAAACUAAGGUCAUGUUCAACGACCAUAUCAUUCCUGGACCGGUAAUAGUCGAACCUGCGGUACUCGAAGUUGUGUCUGAAUACACCUAUCUAGGCCAAACUGUUCAGCUGAGCAGGGCCAACUUUGAGAAGGAAGCUGACAGGCGCAUACAGUUGGGCUGGACUGCGUAUGGAAAACUCCGUCAUAUCAUGAACUCGGCAAUCCCGCAAUGCUUAAAGACAAAGGUCUUCAAAGCUUGCGUGCUGCCGGUCAUGACAUUUGGCGCUGAAACGUGGACAUUGGCUGUAGGUCUGGUCCGUAAGAUUAAAGUCGCUCAACGUGCUAUGGAAAGGUGUAUGCUCGGAGUUUUUUUAAUGGAUCGAGUCAGAAAUGAGGAAAUCCGUCAAAGAAUCAAAGUAACCGACAUAGCUCUAAAUAUUAGCAAGCUGAAGUGGCAAUGGGCCGGACAUACGUGUCGUAGAACCGAUAGCCGAUGGAGCAGACGUGUUCUGGACUGGAGACCACGUACCGGUAAACGCAGCGUUGGGCGUUCCUCUGCCCGUUGGACCGAUGACUUGCGGCGAUAUGCUGGGAAAGAUUGGAUGCGGAAGGCCGUUCAUUGUGGCGAACUAUGGGAGGGGCCUACAUCCAGCAGUGGAUGAUACGUUAGUACGUGUUGCUAAUGGAUUGCAAACACGCGACAGUUUUCAGCUCAGCUUUGAGAACUGUCUGUAUCUAACAAAAUCAGCUGAUGACAAAAUGUAUAGGGGUCAACGACCUGUCUCGUGUGACGUCAGAUAAUAGGAUUCAGAGUUAAAACGAUAAAUACAUGUGCGAGAUUUAGAUGGUGAAAAGAUUCUUUUUGAUUUAUGGUAGGAUGAUGUUAUAUCACCGCUUCCGGUAUUGUUUGUUAGCUUGGAUUGUGUACGUGUGUGAUCACUAGUUCAAUUGUUAUCGUAUAAGUUAUGGUUGUAUUUAAAUCGGAUUGAUUGAAUCAUUAGGGAUAUACAAAAAAAUAUCAUUUUCUUUUUCAUUGUACUAUAUGCGCCUUAAGCGGUAAAUAGUAGGUACUGUUUGCUUAGUGCGAGUUUUUUUUAACUUUCUCGAUAGCGUAAAAUUUAACUCAAAAUUGUACGGAGUUGGAACGUUUGCCAACGUUUCUAGGGGCGCUGUUCCAACUGCACACAAAUUUGAAUUAACGUUUACGCUAUCGAGAACGUUAAAUAACUGGCACUAAGCACACUGUUCGGUUUGUACAUUUGGCGGUAAAGUCAAAAAAUUGGCCAAUGAUAAUAGUGCCAUUUUUUGGACUGGCCAUCAGGCAAUGACAUUUGAUACUCGGGGCGAGCUGUUAUAGAUCCACGUGGGUCAAGUUUUUAGUGGAUUUUAUAUCCUUAAUGCCCUCGCUACCUUCCUAUCAUAAUUAAUAUUAAAAAACGAUUUUUAUAAUUUAUUAACAUUGUGAUUCACGACUGUCCCCGCGUUUUUGCUUUUAGAUCGGACAUUUUUGUAGUUAAAAUCCCGUUAAGAAUACGAAAUGAGCACUCCUCUACGCCUAGUCCCCCUUAAGUCUAGUUUAUAGUAAAUAUGAGCUUCUACGUUUUCCUAUCCGAAUUUCAUAUGUACGUGUAUUUUUUUUAAUACCUAUGUAUUUUUAAACUUAUUCUAUCAACUAUACGAUUAGUGUUUUAAUAGAAAAAAAAAUUCUGUUUGCGAGUUAUCAUGCGAUAUAAUACCGUUGUAGCUCUUUGAAAUGCGGAGAGCUUAAAUAGAUUUCAACGUGGAAACAAAGAGUACAUCCAUUUUUCUUUGUUGCGCUAAUAAAAUCCCCAUUAAAUGUACCCAGUGAGUGAAUACAGUACCAUUGGAAGUUGGGCCAAAUCACUAAACGGUUUUUACGCCGCGGAUUCUAUAGACUUCAGUGACCACUGAAGGGUGAAGGGUUGGGUAGUCAUCACAGAACUAUAAAAUAAAAUGAUAUCGUGACCAUCCUCUAGUUUGAGAAGCGGGUCUGAAGAUUCUCGAUCUUCCCAAAACAAACUUUGGAAGAUCGUUAAUGAUUCCGCGACCUACACGCUAUCGACGCUAAGCAACUUGCUACCGGGUCGCAAUAUUCGCGACCAACGACUAACUGACUAUCCAAUAUAUUAUAUACUUAAGUAUGUUAUUUUAAAUUGUCAAACCCCUCAUAGCGAUGUCGAAUGUUAUUCUUGUUUCGCAUAGAACGGAUCUUGGUGCAAUUUAUUACAUAAGUUUUUAUUUGUAAUGUGUUCUUAAUAAUACAAUUUGAAUUAUUUAUUGAAAGAAAAAAAAAAUCUGUAAAUGUAUAAUGUAAAUUUGUUUUAAGAAUUUCUUUACUCUUGUAUUAUGGAACUACGUAAAGUCAUUCGUGAACCAUGAAACGAUUGUAUGAAUAAAACUUAAUUGACCGUUUUUAUUGUCUAUUUAUAUAUUAAAAAAAGAUGUGUGGUGUCGUGGGACACCGGAUAGGAACGAAGUUCCUUAUUAUAAAAAUAUUAAUUUUAAGUUCUAUUCGAGGUAUAAAUAAAAUAAAACUGAAGGUUUCGCAACAACCCACGGUCAUUCGGUAACGUGCGAUCUUAUUGUGGUACACUUCAUUCACGGUUGUUUGCAUAAGAGUUAGUGUAUUGCGCAAACGAACGCUCUGAGAUCGUGGUCAAUGAAUGAUAAAAAAAUAUGUUAUUAUUUGUAUGUUAUUACAAAGUUAAGUCGUACGCUGUGUGCAUUACUAAUAAAAAUCUUACGUUACGGACGUUUUUUCCCGGUUAGGGUACCCCUCCGCAUCGUCCCAUAAGAAACUUCGUUCCAAAAAAACUAUAAUUUACCAAUAACACGUUGUUAUUUGUCCGUAGCUGUGCGCUUACCGAUGCAUGAAGGCUUCCAUUACUGUUCAGUAUUUAAAUUAUAAUAUUAUUUAUAUCUUUUAUUCGUUGACUGGUUAAGAUGUCACGUGAAUUGUUUUAACAUAAGACUUAGGAUUGAACGUCGCUGAUCGAGCACAAAGCUGUCUUCACGAGUUCCGAUGAACUUUAGGAAAGUUAGAAGCUUCGUCAUUUGUUCAGAAUGAAAGGUCGUAUGAUAUUUUUACAAAGACACGCUUGUAAAUAGUAUUUGUAUGAAUUAUAUUGUAGUUAUUUUGUUGAGCGAUUCGUAAUCAACGUCUCGGAACGUUUUAAACAGAAUUGUGUGUGUGCUUUUUGAAAUACCUUUUUCAAAAUAAAUUGAUGGAUUGUGUAA